AUGGCAGAUUCGGUCUAUUAUCAAAUAAGUCGAUAUACUCAACCACCAUUAAUCAUUUUGGGAACAAUGGGUGUUAUAUUUAAUCAAAUAUUAUUCUAUUAUAGAAAACCAUUACGAGCUACGUCAUGUUCAUUAUAUUUUCGAGCGCUUUCAUUUAAUGACCUACUUGUUCUUUAUAUUUAUGUACUUCUUCAAUGGCUUGUUGAUCAAUAUGGAUUUGAUCCAGCAAAAAAAUAUACUUGGUAUUGUAAAACUAAAACAUAUGUGCAAACUAGUCUUUAUACUUUAUCACCAUAUUUUAUUGUUUUGGCUUGUUUUGAUCGUUUAUGUACAAGCUCAACAAAUGUUCGAUUACGACGAAUUGCAACAGUUCGUGUGGCAUCUUUUCUUAUUCCUUGUUUGGCUAUAUUUAUUUUUGUUGCUUAUUUUCAUACGCCUAUUUGGUAUGUGUUAGUUAGUCAGUCAACAUUUUCAGCUUGUACCGUCGUCAAUACAGUAUAUCUUCGAGUAUUUGCUGUAUUUCUAGUUAUAUUCUUAGGUUUCGCACCUCCUUUUCUAAUGAUAAUUUUAUGCAUUACUACAUUGAUUUUUCUUCGCCGACAACGACGUCGAAUAAUGCCUAUAAAUCAAGCACGUUUACGUCAACGUGAUAAUCAGUUAUUGAAAAUGCUUUUUCUCUAUGUAGCAGCUCACUUAAUAUGUACAAUUCCAUUUAGUAUUGUAUUGCUUUGUGUUGUCUAUCAAUUACCAACACCAUCACCUACAGUGACUUCAUUAUUUCGUUUAUUUGUUCUAUUAUUCAAUGUAAAUUUUUCAACAAGUUUUUAUAUUUAUACACUUGGUACACCAUUGUAUCGGCAUGAAUUAUGUUCUCUGAUGAAAAAUAUUUAUAGACGAUUUUAUAGAAUGAUUCAUAAGAAUAAUCAUCAACCAUGA